AGUAAAAUCUGACAAAAGAGAGAACAACAAAAAAAAAAAAUGUCAAACUACAAAUGUCCGAUCCUUGGUCCCAAGUGUGAUCUCUGUGACUGCUCAGGCCGUGGAUGCCAAUCUCAGUUCCCAGGAUUGAAAGUGGAGUGGCCAGAGCUAAAAGGAGUGAGUGGACUUCAAGCAAAGGCAACAAUAGAAAGUGACAAUCCACGUGUGACAGCUUUCAUUUACCCUCUAGGUGUUUAUCUACCUUCCAUCAAUUGUUGCAACCGUGUCAUUCUCUUUGUUCCUGCCGAAGAUUGUCCCAAUGGUCCUGUCCAAAAUCGCCCAAUCGUCGGAUGAUUCCUACUACCAUGCACGUUACGUUCUUCUUCUUCUUUUUUGUUUUCUCAUAAACUCAAGUUUUCAUCUUGAGCUUCAAUAAAACUUUUAAAGUAUGUUCUACUCUUUUCAUCAUCAGCUGUUGCCAUUGGCAUGAAUAAUAAAACGAGUCUCGAGAGGUUUCUAUAAAUCUUGUUUCGGGUA